CUGUAUUCAUCCUCCUUUCCGAAUGCCAUUCAAGUUUCAACCCGUGCCGCUCUGAAACGGAUGAAUAUAGUUUAAAAGCUCGAUGUUCGAUAUGCCAUGUCGCUGUCGGCUACGCGCUAUUCAAGCUAGCCCAUCGACCUCGUAUCCGUAUAUGCUAUCGUCAGUCGUCACCUUGGCACUUGACUAAGCUGUGAAGCCAGCUUUACCAUAAUUAAAGGGGCUGAGUCCGUAUUCAAACUUGAAUAUCUGGCGACUGGACAGGCGCCUAGGUCUAUGGUAAAGAUUAUGAAUUGGAGCGUUGGAGAAUACAAUGGCACGAGCAGUCCACAUGGAUAUGGCGCAAUCUACAACGACGGCCCCAGAUAAUCGGGACUUGGACCCUCCUCAAUGUUCCCCCAUCCUUUCCGACGCGACAACCUUGGUCUCCUCGUCCGAAGGUCGGAUUGAUGACGCUGCCCGGAUUUCACGGUAUCAUAUGUACCACCGGAAGCAUGGCAACACCCACUAUACAUUGACCCCGAUCAUUCUCCCCCAGAAAGAAAACCUAUUCCAUCCUCCCAAGGCUUUCCGAAAGGAUCGCAAGACCGCAGAUGACCCCUCCUUAGCCGAAGACCUUCACGAUCAGACCUUCUAUGUGCAUAAGCCGACAUUGAUUUUUCAUCAUCCCCCACGAACGCUGCGUCGUGGGUCCUCGAAGCACGCAAGUCCUGUUUGUUUGACUCGCAAUUCGGGUUUCUGGCGGCGAUGGACCCUGCAGUUCAGCUCCCGACUCGGUGAUGAGGGUGUAUUGGAUCCAAGAGGGGUGGUAGCUCGGGAGGUCGAUGCUGGAAAAGCGGCAGGAGAAGGGCGAUUGAAGGGAUAUGGGGUUCGUAGGUGGAGGAUUCUAGGCGAGUCGGGCAAAGAGCAUUACAAUAAGGCUCGCCAGUGCAGGAAAGAGGAGAAGAAAUCAAAAUCAAACAAGAAACAAAGGUCGCAUAAUAUGGCUCCCAAGGACUCAGUAUCGGAAGCGGACCAGAUUAUCGCCGAUCAGGUGGUCCAUUUGGAUUGGACCUCCCCCUUCUCACGAGAUACACGGCGGUAUCACUUUCGGUAUGCUGACAUUGAGUUCUACUGGAAGGGUACUGGAACGGUCAGGGAGACGAAACAACUGGGAUACCUGUGCAAGUUCAACCACCUGAAACUAGUUGCGCGGGUCCCUGUCUCUAGUGGUAGGUCUGACGACGAGGAUAAAAGUGAUAAUGAACCUGGCCUGGAUAUGCGCGACCUCAUCCUCGGGAAGUAUACCUCAUCCAUUGCCUGUCGCAAGUCCGGCAUCCUAGAACUCUAUGACGGCGCGAUCCUGAAGUUUCUUGAGGAGUAUGUGCCGAAGGAGAGCUUGGAGGACUGGAAACAUCUCGACACAGACGAUGAGCUGGAAGCCAUCCGGCAAACACGGCUCUACGAAGUCAUUGUGGCAACAGCGAUUUGCAUGAUAGUUGGCGAAUGGCAGAAGAGACAGGCGGUCAAAAAGGUUAUCGCAGCGAUCGUUGGGGAGGGUGCAGGUGGUGGUGGGGAUGCAGGAGGUUAAAGAUCUGUGUUUGCUUGGUCAUAUGCAUAUCCUUGAUAACGGCUAGAAGGUUCUGCACGACAUCAUCUACAUAUGCUAUCCUACUCCGAACGGUUCAAUUAUAUGCUUUUUAUUUUCUAAUUUUAUGGGGAAUUGUGCUGGACAAUAUCAUGAAUGUUCAUUCUGGACUUGAAGAGUCGCGGGGUUGCAAUAUCUCAGUACAGAUGUCGGAACCUACACGCAGACUACCUUGGUCAUCUCACCAGCAUUUGGAUACUGGAAAUUGGAAUAUUUUUCCAUUUGCUAUCUCAAAUUUCCGAAUUCCCUGUGAUAAUACAUGCUAAUUACUUCUAAGUGUAUUUGCGUGAUGCUGUGCAAUUG